CCUGGCAAAGUACAGUAGGGCUCCAUUGCUUAUAAUUCAUGAUUGCGUCCAUAAAUCGUGCAAACACAGGAUUAUAGCGACAAAGAUCUACAAAUCGAGGCUUUAAAAAUCCAAGCAAAUGAGCUCUUACUUUGUAAACUCGUUCUCAGGGCGCUAUCCAAAUGGCUCCGACUAUCAGUUACUAAAUUAUGGGACUAACGGCGCUGUGAACGGCUCCUUCAGAGACCCUGGCACCAUGCACUCCGGGUCCUUCGGCUACAACUACAAUGGCAUGGACCUUACGGUGAACCGCACCAACACCGGCGGCCACUUCGGGGCCGUGCGGGAGGAUGCCCGGGGAUUCGGGCCGGACGCCCGCUACAGACAGACGCCCAACUGCUCGCUCUCGUCCCCGGAUCCGGUGCCGGCGUCGUGCGCCUCGGCCGGCCGGGAGUCGCUGGAACUAAAAAGCCCCUCUCCCCCGUCCGACCGGGGCGCGACCUCGGGCGGCAUCGCGCUGAACAAAAGCAACAACGCUCAUUUCACGGAGAUCGAGGACCCGACCGUGGCGUCCGAGACCGAGGAGGGCGCGCACAGCAGCGGCGGAGGCGGCGGCGGUGGCUCCGGCGCGGCACCGAGGGCGCAGCAGCAGCAGCAGCAGCAGCAGCAGCAGCAGCACCAGGAACCCAACGCCACCUCCUCCACUCCCACAUCUAACGAUUGCCAAACGCCACAAAUAUUCCCCUGGAUGAGGAAACUGCACAUAAGCCAUGAUAUGACUGGACCUGACGGGAAAAGGGCCCGAACCGCGUACACCCGGUACCAGACGCUAGAGCUGGAGAAAGAGUUUCACUUCAAUCGGUACCUCACCCGCCGGCGGAGGAUAGAGAUAGCCCACGCCCUGUGUCUCUCCGAAAGACAGAUCAAAAUCUGGUUUCAGAACCGCAGGAUGAAGUGGAAGAAGGACAAUAAGCUGAAGAGCAUGAGCCUCGUGACGGGAGGCAGCGCCUUCCACAACUGA